AAAGCCCAUAUUCUUCAAGGAGCAGAUAAUGUACACCGCGUUCCCACGCCUUACACAGUCAAGGAAUGGCCUCGUUCCAGGGGAGGACCUCGGACCGGUUACGCCGUGGGCGCAGCGGUAAAGCGAGUAAUGUUUUACCUUCUGUUCUGACCUCUCGACGCCACUCGCUCUCUGUCACUCAUUGAAGUCUUUUGCCUACUGGCUGUUAUCUCGUCUUGCUGAGGAUACUGCAAUAGGCUAAUAUUACGAUGGUUGUGUCUGACUUGGCCCGCAGUGGAUCCGUCUGCCUUCGAGUGGAUAGGAACCCUGGAUCUCCACCUCCGCCUGUGAUUGUCAAAGUCCACUUGAAGAAACACUUGAGGGAGAAUCCAGCUCUUUUGUCCGUUAUCGAUGAAGUGGAGCGACGGCGGAAUGAUCUCUGUCGUACACCUACUAGCAUUUGCAAGUCAUCCUCAAGGAACUUCCCGAACUCCGUCAAAAAGGCAUUUGCACAAUCCAACAGAAUCGGCACGCCCUGCAUCCAGCACUAUUCCACCAAGCCCUCCAUAGUCCCCGAGUCUGAGAAAGGAAGCUCUUCCAAGGGCGCUGGCGAUUUUUCCCGACGGAAGUGUUCCUUCAGGAGGAGUUUCAGGGGCCUCCUCCGGACGGCAGUGCGGGCCGUCGGGAAGGUCAUGCCGCUCUGCAAGGACAAGAUAUCGUCUACUUCUACGGACUCCCUUGUGUACAACAGAUGACGUUUUGGUUCUGAUAAUAUCUAUUAAAAUAUAUUGAUAUAUAUUGUAUGCAAUCUUUUAUUUCCAAGUGCAACAAUCAGUCACUUCAUACGGUGUGGAUGGUAUAUGAUAUACUGUAUGUAUGUUCUUUCAAUAAAUUAGACUUUCAAAUGAAUUAUGAACAUGUUUAUCGUCAGUACGUAUUUACAAGUCCAGUCCAA